AUGGAUUGCACCUAUAAGACAAACAGGUAUCGUUUUCCACUUUUUGAGAUUGUGGGUAUUACAUGCACUGAGCAAACUUUGAACAUUGCGUUUGUUUACAUGUCAAAGGAGGCAGAAGAUAAUUACAGAUGGGCACUGAGUAGGUUAAGAACACUUAUGGAUGAGGAUUCUAUGCCUGGGGUAAUUGUCACUGAUCGAGAAUUAGCACUUAUGAAAGCCACUGAAAAUGUCUUUCCCGAUACUCAUCAGAUUUUAUGUAAGUGGCACAUUGGUAAGAAUGUGAUGAGAAAAUGCAAAGGAAAAUUCACAACAAAAGAAGGGUGGGAAGCAUUUAAUAAUGAUUGGCAUAGCUUGGUGGAUUGUAGCACUGAGGACGAGUAUGUACAUAGCCUUACAGCUUUUGAAUCAAAAUACUUUGCAUUUCCUAAGGAGAUAAAUUAUUUGAAGACCAAUUGGUUGAACAAGUAUAAGGAAAUGUUCAUUGCAGCAUGGACAAACAACUACAUGCAUCUUGGUGCAAAGACUUCGAAUCGGGCCGAGAGUGCACAUGCAAAGCUCAAGCGAGAACUUAGAUCUUCCCAACUUGACUUCAAUGUAUCAUGGGAGCACAUCCACUCAUUAUUGUGUUUACAUCAUACUAAAGUUAAGGCUUCAUUUGAAAAAAGUCGAUGUUUUGUGCAACAUGAGUUUAAGCAUGCAUACUUGAGAGAGUUGAUAGGAUUUGUGUCCAUUGCGGCAUUGAACAAGAUCGUCUAUGAAGCGAACAAGGCUGAUGAUAUUACAUCGGAACUUGCAUCAUGUAAUUGUGCCAUACGUAAAACACAUGGGUUACCAUGUGCGCAUGAGAUAGCUGAAUAUAAGCAUUGUGACAGUCCCAUACCAAUUACAUCUGUGCAUCACCACUGGAGAAAGUUAGAGAUCGGGGCAAUAGUGGAAGACUCGAAAGUGCACGAAAAGGUUCCUUUAAAAGAACGAUUGGCAGAAUGGGCUGAAGAACAAAAUGAGGAUACAAGACGUCAAAUCUUAGUGAAGAUUGAUGAGCUAAUAAAUCCGACCUCUACUUUACUUAGGGAGCCAGCUGAAAAGAGAAAGACCAAAGGGCGUCCAAGUAAGGAAGACAGUGGCACUCGUCGUUUGCCAUCCGGGUUUGAAAUUAUAAAUACAUUGUUGUCUGAGCGUGAGACCUAUUCGCCUCUUCCAAGUGUUCAAAAAGUCUCACGUAAGUCAAAUACGAAGACAAGUAAUGACCACUCAGAGAAAAGUAAGGAAGAUAAGCUGGCUCAGAAAGAUAUGAGGUUUGAGCUAACUCAGAAGUAUACAACACAGUUCAUAUUUGGCAUGCGGCCAUAUAUUAUCGGUUCGAUGGAUGUCGAAAAUGAUGGUAAUUGUGGUUUUAGAGUUGUGGCAUCAGCUUUGGGAUUUGGUAGAAAACAUUGGCGUAAAGUGCGAAUUGAUUUGCUAAAUGAGCUAAAAGGCACGCCUGAGCUUUACGAAGCUCUUUAUGGAGGACAAAGUGCUGUGGACAAACUUUGUAAACGAAGUAACCAUUCUGCGUCCAAUAUUGCACCUAAAUGGAAAUGGAUGGAUCUACCAGACAUGGGGCAUUUGAUUGCAACUUGUUAUGGAGUAGUGGUUGUCAACUUAUCAGAUGGCAUGGUCAGUGCUUCACAUUUCUCCCAUUACGUGAAUACAGCGAGGGAAAACCAAUGGAAGCAAAUUUACGUGAGAUUGGCCUUGGAUUUGUGA